CGCAGAUGUGACAUCUUUGAACAGGGUUGAGCACGUGUGUUUGUUUAUUUGUUAGUGAUGAGCAGUGUUGCAUCGUGGUGAAAUAGCAGAAGGAAAAUUGUGUUUGGCACAAAGUUAAAAUGAAUUCCGUUCAAGAGCGUCAUCGACCUGGUGUACUUAAGCAACAAAAUAAAUCCCAUAAACAUGGUCGUCAUCGGAGUAAAGGAGCUAUUCACGAUGCUCUUAAGGGACGUGUCUCUGCAAAAGCAACCACUAAAAAAGCUUCACGCGAAUUGCACAGAGAAGAAAGACGCAAUCAAGCCAUGCAAUUACGGCAAAAGAAACGUGAAGAAAUGCUUCUUAAAAAACGUUUUUCAUCUGGUGUCGGCAAUAAUCACCCUCUCCUACUAUCAGUCGUCCCUUUAUCAGAAAAAAUUGAUCCAUUAGGUGUGCUUGAGCUUCUUAAGCAAGCUGAUUCUGAUGCUGUGAUCAACAACAGUUCCACAGGCAAUGUUCAUAUAAGCAUUCCUCGACUGAAACAGCGGUUUACUAUAGUAUGCCCAAGACAUGGUGACUUGUAUGGUGUAUUGGAUGCCUUGAAAGUAUCGGAUACAGUAUUGUUUCUCCUAUCAGCUGAUGAAGCUGAAGGCUUAGAUACAACAGGAGAAGUACUACUCACAGCUGCAAUGGCUCAAGGAUUGCCCACACCAGUUGUUGCUGUAACACAUCUAGACAAUGUACCAAUUAAGAAACAGCAUGAUAGGAAGAACCAUCUGCAAAAGAUCUUCUCUCGUUGGCUGCCAGAUAUGAAAAUAAUGGCACUAGAUAAGUGUGAUGAGGCACUGAACGUAUUACGCCGUGCUGGAAGCCAGAAGCUUCGCUCAGUUACUUAUCGUGACCGUCGGCCACAUAUGCUGGUGGAAGAAAUAGAAUUUGUUGCAGAUUCACAGGAGGGGGACCAUGGCACAUUGAAGGUGUCAGGAUAUCUGCGUGGUCAUGCACUGUCAGUAAAUGGUUUGCUUCAUAUUCCCAAUUGGGGUGAUUUCCAGAUGGAAAAAAUUGAGGCUCCAUCAGACCCAUACCCCAUUUCUGUAGCCCAUAAGAAACAUUCAGAGUCAGAAACACGUUUACUGGAAGAAGCAGAUCCAUCUAAGCAGGAGUCACUACUGAGUGAAAAUCCUAUAGAUCCAAUGGAUGCAGAACAAACAUGGCCCACUGCAGAAGAAAUAGCUGAAGCUGAGAAGGAGCAAAAGGCCCAGCGGUUGGUUAAGAGAGUGCCAAAAGGCAUGUCUGACUAUCAAGCUGCUUGGAUUCCCGACUGUGAUGCAGAAGUUGACAGUGAUGAUGAAAGUGAUAUCAGUGAGAAUCCAGCAAUGGAUGCUCAAUCAGAAAUGAGUUCAGAGAAUGAUUAUGAAGAAAAUGAAGAUGAGUAUGAAACAGUAUCAGUGUCUGAAGCAGGAGAGGAUGCUGAAAAAUAUGAUGAAAAAAUGGACAUGGAGGAAGAAAAAGAAACAUUAAAAAAAUUAAAAGAAGCCCGAGAAGAUAAAAUUUUCCCUGAUGAACGUGACACUCCGCAGGACAUACCAGCAAGAACACGAUUUCAAAAGUAUCGAGGCCUGCAGUCAUUUCGGACAUCACCAUGGGAUCCGAAAGAGAAUUUGCCUCAGGACUAUGCUCGUAUUUUCCAAUUUGAAAAUUUUGAAAGAAUGCGAAAAAGGCUUUUGAAGGAAGAUAAUAUGGAGGGAGCUCUGGUUGGAUGGUACAUAACUGUACAUGUGAAGAAUGUUCCACGGCAUUUCGUUGAAUCCCAUAAAUCCUCUGACCCAUUGACUAUUUUUGGAUUGUUGCCACAUGAACAAAAAAUGUCACUGCUAAAUGUAGUGUUAAAGCGACCAAAUACUCUGGGUGGCCAGUUACCUAUAAAGUCAAAGGAGCAACUCAUAAUCCAUUGUGGCUACCGUCGUUUCAAAGCAUGUCCGAUAUUCAGCCAACACACUAAUGGUACCAAGCACAAGUAUGAGCGCUUCUUCCAACCAGAUACCACUGUGGUUGCGAGUAUGUACGCACCCAUCAUAUUUCCGCCAUGUCCUGUACUUGCUUUUAAGGAAACAAAACAGGGAACUCAAAUGCUUGUUGGAAUUGGUAGUGUGUUGUCCAUAAAUCCCGAUAGGAUUGUUGUGAAAAGAAUUGUCCUUAGUGGACAUCCAAUCAAGGUGAACAAGAGGUCUGCAGUCGUGAGGUAUAUGUUUUUUAACAGAGAAGAUAUAAACUGGUUUAAGCCUGUCGAGCUUCAUACAAAAUAUGGUCGGCGAGGACAUAUCAAAGAGCCUCUAGGUACUCAUGGACAUAUGAAGUGUGUCUUCGAUGGCCAGCUUAAAUCACAGGAUACUGUUCUCAUGAAUUUGUAUAAACGUGUGUUUCCAAAAUGGACUUAUGACCCAUGUGUGAGAGUGCCGCAUUCCUUGUACAAUUAUUCAGACUUAAUGUCUGUGGAUGAAGUAGAUUAAAGAUUUUAUAUUACCCAU